AUGAUUCCUUGCGGAAAUUCCGGAAGUACGAACGGCACCGUUUACGCUGUCGUCGUCGUCGUUCACGUUUUCUUCACAGUUGCGGUAAGCUUAUGGCUAAUAAGCAUGUCCUUUAAGAGAGAAGGGAGCGACCAGAGUCAGCUGAACGUUCUGCAGAAACGGCGUGUUGCAGAUCUUCUGUCUAAUUUCAUUCCAGAGGAUGAAGCGGCCCUGAUGAAGAAUGGAAGGUACACCUGCCUUGUUUGCUCCUACCGCCCCGUCUUUGAUACAGUUGAUAUGCUGACAGUACACAGGAAGGGAAAAAAGCACCUGGAAGGGCUAAAGUGGUUUUACAACAAGAAAACACAACUGAAGCUGGAAAUAGAAAAACGAAAACAUGAAAACUAUGCCGAAGCAGAAGUUAGCAGAAAGGAACCUUCCAGUUCGGCCCCUUUAUUAGCACAGACACGGAAGCUCACCCAUCAUGCGUUGCUGAAAACUGUGCCAUAUAACAGCUGCCACCGAAAGACCAGGACAAAUUCUGAAAGUGGACCUUUAAGAACUGGCUCAGACCCCUUUGGCGACCCUUUCGGAACAACACAACCUGAACUAGAUAAAUCAUUUGGAAUGACAAGAGACAAGCUACCAUCAAGUAGUUCUUGCAGCUUCAAUGCAGCCAAUAAAGGAUCAGAUACAACUGGAAAUGAAAAGGGAUCUCAGCCAGAGGUAUUACAGGAAUCAGAGCCUUUAACACCCCAUAGGAGGAGAGAGUUGGAGCAUUACCUUAAACUGAAAAGUGAUGGGUGGUUGAAAGACAAGAGUGGCCAGUGGGUUAAAGAUGAGAAUGUGGAGUUUGAUUCAGAUGAAGAUGAACCUCCUGCACUCACCGCACCUCUUCAAAGUGACUGAAACAAAAAAAAAAACAUCCAAAAAAAAAACCAUUAGUUUUACCACAAUGCUACAAUGAGCAGCCAAAGUGUUUCUUGACUGGGCCACAGCUCCAUGUGGAAGGACUGUCUUUUAGAGAUAGGGAACUUCCAUGAGUCACAGAAAUGUCAUUGGUGGUUUUAAAAAGCCAGUGUAAUAGGUCAUCUCACUCUGAAAUACCCUUGUUUUUCAUGAGUUGGAUUGUUUUGGAACAAUGCUUUUUUUUCUUAGAAGGUGCUCGUUAAACUUUUCUCUCUUGUGAUGCCGGUGAGGGCAAGGUUCAGUUGUUGUUAGAGAGCAACCAAAACCAAAUGCUGGAUGCUACAUGCCUGCUCCUGACCAGUGCCCGUCCAUCAGACCUGUUAAUAGCUCCAAAAUCCCAUUAAAGAGAAUUUAGAGAGUACACAACACCGCCUCUCCAAGUUUAACUUUUCACGGUCCCUUCACAGUCAGAAAGUUGUCAGAUGAAGUUGAAAGCUCCCUUAACUUCAAAACUGAAAGGUGCUGCCAUCACUACUAGCAAAGAUGGGACUAUUUCCUUCACCCAUUGUUUUUCUUCCCUCUUAAUUUUGUUCAAUUUCUUGCCUCUAGCAGCACUAAGCCCCCGUCAGUUUAACCAUGUAUCAGCGGCAGGAGAGGUCGACGUCGGUGCUAAUCUUAGUAGCAAAGCCACUGGUUAGCAUUCCUCAUAAGGUUUACAUUCAUGGUCCCUCCUAGUGCAGUUGUGUUAAAUUGGAUGAGACCCCAUGGGUCAGUGAGGGACGGAGGACUUAACGUGGGUUAGUUUCUAAUGUUGACGUUAACUUUUAUCAAACUUAAUAAAAACUGGUGUU